UCAAGGCAUAAGUAACCAUAUUGAAAAUAUUGGAGCAAUGUUGUCUAUAUUAUAUGCUGUGCUUUGGAUUUCAUAUGCUGAAUCUCAGACAAUAUUACUAACACUCUCAUCUCAAACUGUUGCUGUUGGACAAAGUGUACAUUUCAACUGUAAUGCUGGACUAAAGGAUGAGCACUGGGUGUUUUUAUUAAAGCAGAACACAGGACAAGCUCCACAGUUUAUAAUAUACAAUCACCAUUCUUUUACUGGACCAAGAUACGGGCCUGGAAUCUCAUCAGAUCGUUUUACUUCCACCAUAAGCAGUGCAGCAACUGAUUAUCAGUUUAUCAAUAAGAAGGUAGAAGUUGCAGACACUGCUCUGUAUUACUGUGUAAAAUGGUAUAAUAGUCUUACUGUGUUUGUCUUCAGCCAAAGCAGUAAACUAAUUGUUACAGUGGAUAAGUAUCCUGAACCUGCCAUUAUGGUCUUUGCACCAUACUCUGAGGAUCUCUCAACUGAAGACAAGCCCAUUGUGACUUGUCACAUCUCCAAAAUGACUGUCAGUUUGGCCAAUGUCAAGUGGCUGGUAGAUGGCACAACUGUGCAGGAGGGAGUCAGCACAAGUCAUCCAGUCCGGGAUUCUGAUAACAUGUACAGUCUGAGCAGUUACAUAGCCAUUCCUAAAUCAGAUCUAAAAGGGGACAAGACAUAUUCCUGCUGGAUCCAACAAGAAGGUUCUUCUGCCUUUAAAUCUCAAGGAAUCAAGUUGUCACAAUGUUAAUGUAUCCUGCCUUAAUUCUUUGUCUGUAACGAGACUCAGCCAAACAUAGUAUUCUUUAUUAGCUAAAAUUUUCAAACCUACAUUUUGCAUUUUAGUGGUCAUUGAUUACAACGUAUCCUUAAAACUUUGCACCAUAUGUAAUAAGUGUUUAACAUUUUUUUUAAAAAAAAGAUGUAUAGCUGAGAUCUGCUUUUCUUGUCUCUUAACUUUUCUUGUUCAUAACUAUCAAUGUCUGUGAAAUAGUGAAUGCUCUUUUGCUAUGUAUGGCAGGUAUUUUAUUUUAUUCUUUCACAUAUUAAAAAUGCUAAUUGACAUAUUUAAACUUCAAUAAAAAGCAUUAUUUCAUGAAA